AAAACGAGGCCGGUCACCGGGAAAAUGGAUUCUGUAAUGGAUCUACUUCACAAGUGAUGUAUCAAAGUGGGGGUUCUAUUGUGGGAUCUUAUUCUGUUGGAAUGGAGAAUCAAGUUGGACUGAGGAUGAAUAAUGGAAUUGGGAAUUGCUCAAAUCUUGUUAGGCAAAGCAGUUCUCCUGCUGGAUUUUUUUCUGGUUAUGGUGUAACGGGUGAAGCAGGAAAUUACAGAGUUAGUAAUGGGACAGGUGCAGAAGCCAAUUCAUCCGCAAAUGGUCUGAACAAUUACAUGAACUUCUCAUCCGGUGCACCUUCUAGAUCAAGGUUCAUGCCCAGCAUACCUGAAAAUGGAAACGAAGGCACAAGCUUGACUAACCUCGAGAACGGACAAUGGAGAAAUGGUAAUAGUGCUAAUAGCAAAGAAUAUGAUGCCGCCUUUCCAAAAGACACGUGGAACGAUUCUUCCUUCAACAGAUUAAAAAGGAACAGAGAUGGUGACUCAAAGAUGUUUUCUAAUUUUAGUGGAUCUGAAAAUCAGAGUGUGGAAACUAGAAGUAAUAAUCAAGGUUUAGCACACCAUUUGAGCUUGCCAAAAACUUCUGCUGAAAUGGCUGCGGUAGAAAAUUAUCUACAAUUUCAACAAGACACCAUUCCUCUUCAAGUUCGGGCCAAAAGAGGUUGCGCUACUCAUCCAAGAAGCAUUGCAGAAAGGAUGAGACGCACACGGAUUAGUGAAAGAAUGAAAAAGUUGCAAGAACUAUUUCCCAAUAUGGACAAGCAAACAAGCAUAGCUGAUAUGUUAGAUUUGGCAGUUGAUUACAUUAAAGACCUUCAGAAACAAGUCGAGACUCUCACGGACAAAAAGACAAAGUGCACGUGUUCUAGUAAACCAAACCAAGCAAAUGCUGUACUUUGAGUUGCUUCAGUACGUACUAUAAUCUUUCAAAGAGGAAACGAACUUGAUUUCCUCAAUGUAUUCAGCAGCCUUGUAUGGUGGAGACUGGUGUAAUCUUUAGUGUAUUAUUUAAAUUCAUUUAGUUGUCGUACAAAUAAUACGAGUUGUGCCAGGUUUGUUGUGGGAUAAUGGAAACUCGCCUUUUUUGUUAUUAAAAUUCCCACGAGUUUUGUUCA